AGGGAUUAGGCGAGAGAAACUCAGUCGCUAGCGCGCACUCAGAGAAUACGGUACCCGAAGACAGCGUGACGUCGGACGGGUGGAGUUGUGAACAGUGAGAAGGUUGAGAACGUCACGUGACCAAAGUCAAGAUGGCGGCAAGGUUUCUCGUCAUUGUGUUUCUUGGACUCGUCUGCCUUGCGCGUGCUCAGAAUAUCGAGAUUCCGAUUGGCGAACACUGUGUGUACACGCCGGUCGACGCAUUCUUUGUUAUGGAUGGAUCCGCUAGCGUGGGCUCCGCUGGAUGGGAACAGGCAACUAACUUCAUGUCGUCCGUCAUAGAACCUUUCGAUAUAGGCACGGACAACCUUCAGGUCGGUCUGGUUCGGUAUUCCAGCGACGCCAAGGUGAUGUUUAACUUAAACAGAUACCAAAACAAAGACGAGCUGCUUCAGGCCAUUAAGGACAUGCAGUGGUUCGGCGGAGUGACCAACACGGGUGACGGCCUGUUGAAGAUGAGAGACGCCAUCAUGGAUCCGAAUUUGGGGUCGAGGCAAGGGACAAGAAAAGUCGCCUUCGUCAUCACCGACGGACGGUCAAACACCGGACCGCCCGUGGUUGACGUCGCUCCUACUGUCCACGCUCUAGGAAUAACGGUUGUAGCGAUCGGUGUCGGCGACGCCGUCUUGGCGGAGCUGGAGACCAUUGCCUACCCGUCAAGUAACGUGCUUUACGUCAGCGAUUUCGGAGGUCUCGCAAGAAUCCGGUCUAAUUUGACGCAAGUUAUCUGUCACGUGGACGCAGGUUGGGGGCAGUGGACACCCUGGUCCCUCUGUGACCGUACAUGUGGCGAGGCUAUACAGGUGCGUACCCGGCUGUGCGACAGCCCUCCCCCGUCUGGAGAGGGUUCCAAGACGUGCCAGGGCCCCUACGAGGAGAUCCGCCCCUGUAACCUUCAACCUUGCAUUGUUCCAAUUAACGGUAACUGGGGGCAGUGGCUGUCUUGGGGCGCCUGCAGCGCCUCCUGUGGUCCAGGACAACAAUUUAGAUCGCGCCUCUGUGACAACCCCGCUCCUCAAAAUGGCGGGCUAUCUUGUCCAGGUCCGGCGAAUGAAGGCCGCGACUGUUUCAUCGCUCCCUGUAUCACUGAUGGCAACUGGGGAGGUUGGGGCGCUUGGACCCUCUGCAGCGCCACAUGCGGCCUUGGCGAACAGAACCGUUUCCGAGAAUGCAACAACCCUCCACCUUCCCCCGGAGGCGCCUCGUGUCCCGGAUCAAACGUCGAUACGACAUCUUGCACCGUGGGAAGCUGUCCCGUGGAUGGUGGAUAUGGCGCCUGGAGUGUGUGGACUCCCUGCUCUGCUCCGUGCGGACCCGGUAUUCAAACACGUGGUCGGUCAUGUGACUCGCCAGCGCCAGCUUUUGGAGGACGGCCCUGUGUUGGCCCAAAUUACGAAGAGACUGUUUGUAAUCUAGGCGCCUGCUCCGUAAACGGUAACUGGGGUCAAUGGACUGAAUUCAGCACCUGCUCCGCGCCCUGUGGCCCCGGCGAGCAGACACGCACGCGCGCUUGUGACUCUCCUGCUCCAUUAUUUGGGGGACUCACAUGCCCAGGACCCUCCACCGAAUCGAUCUCAUGUAAUCUUGGCGCAUGCUCCAUCAACGGGAACUGGGGCCAGUGGACCGAUUACAGCGCAUGCUCCGCGCCCUGUGGCCCCGGCGAGCAGACACGCACGCGCGCUUGUGACUCUCCUGCACCUGCAUUUGGGGGACUCACCUGUCCCGGACCCUCCACUGAAUCGAUCUCCUGUAAUCUUGGCGCCUGCUCCAUCAACGGUAACUGGGGUCAAUGGACUGAAUUCAGCGCAUGCUCAGCGCCUUGUGGCCCUGGCGAGCAGACACGCACGCGCGCUUGUGAUUCUCCUGCUCCUCUGUUUGGGGGACUCACCUGUCCCGGACCCUCCACUGAAUCGAUCGCCUGUAAUCUUGGUUUCUGUCCUGUGAAUGGUAACUGGGGUCCUUGGACAGAAUACAGCACGUGUUCCACCUCUUGUGGAACUGGGGAGCAACGGCGCACGCGCACUUGUGACUCUCCCCCAGCACAAUAUGGCGGCGCUCCGUGUCAGGGGCCUAGUGUAGAACUGCUUGUUUGUAAUCUAGGUAAUUGUCCAAUUAACGGGAACUGGGGACAGUGGAACUCUUGGAGCGCGUGCUCUGCGCAGUGCGGACCAGGAGAGCGGAGGCGCGUGCGCGCUUGUAACUCUCCCGCCCCCGCUUUUGGUGGUCUCACUUGCCCUGGGCCUGACCUAGAAAUCGGUGCUUGCAAUUUGGGUCCCUGUGCUAUUGACGGCAACUGGGGUGCUUGGGCAGCGUGGACUGGUUGUGACGCCGAGUGCGGUCCUGGAAGGAAGUCACGUGGUAGAAUUUGUAACGCACCAGCGCCAUCUUUCGGUGGACGACCCUGCGAGGGACCAGCCAUAGAUUAUACCGAUUGCAUGAAUAAGGCUUGUCUAGUAAUCGUCGACGGUAACUGGAACGUAUGGAAUGGCUGGACGGCCUGUACCAAGAGCUGCGGCGGUGGCGCCACAGUGAGGGCCAGACACUGUAAUGCCCCUGGCCCCCAGAACGGCGGCAAGGACUGCCAAGGCCCACAGGUCGAUAUCCUUUCAUGUAACGAGAACCCUUGCCCAGUGAACGGUAACUGGGGGCCGUGGUGUUGUGGGUGGGGCGCCUGCUCUGCUAGCUGUGGCGGCGGCGUACAGUCCCGUACCCGAGAGUGUGCCAUGCCUGCACCAGCGCACGGAGGUCUGCCCUGUCAGGGCCCUAAUGUCGAGACACAGGCGUGCAAUGUGUUUCCUUGCUUGGUUCCUACCGGCUGGGGAGAAUGGGGGCAGUGGAGUCGGUGUUCCGCCUCGUGCGGCCCUGGCAUCCAGGGCAGACGUCGCCAGUGCGUCAACCCUCUACUGCCCUGCGUUGGCUCAGACACGGAGACAGCGGCAUGCAACCUCGGCCCCUGCGUCCGUCCCUGUCGAGAAACGACCCACGUGUCAACCUCUGCCUGCUCAUCCAUCACCGGGAACGGCGUCUCCAUGUACUCCUACCUCUACACCGUACCCAACGUCUACCUCAACUGCCAAGGUGGCUCCGUCUACAUCGUCAACGCCUGCUCCACCUUCGGCAUCUCCGAAUACUGCUCACCUCUUCCUUCUGUCUCGAAACUCCUCCAGACUUCUUGCAACGGGAAGUCCGCGUGUGUUAUAAAGCGACCUUGCGACAUGGUGCUGUCCGGCACGCUGAAGAUAAACUAUAGAUGUACUUGCUGAGGUUGAGGUUGUUUCGACGUGGCGUUGCCACUCGGUUAGGUUCGGGUGACGCCGUACAUUGACGGAAACAGCCGAAAUUACCCGAGUGUCGCCAGCGCUUUUCACGUAAAUUGUUCAGGGUUGGUUGAUUGUUGACGAUGCGUUGCAGUAGAGUUGAAACUAAUUUUUUCUUUCUGUGACUUUCGUAUGUUGCUUUUCUUUACUAUGAGCUUUAAUCUUCAGUGCUACAAAUGGGCACAUAUAUUUAUAUACCUUAGGUUGGGAAUGUUUUACAUUUUUCCGACAGUCACUUAGUAUCAUUCUGACAUCAUAAUUUCGAAACAGUGUCACUUUGACAUCGAAUCGACGUCAUGUGCCUGUUGCUAAACAAGUUAUGAUAAUUAUAUUUGAUGUAUAAUUUGUCAUUUAAGUUUUAUAGCAUGAAAGAUUCUUACAACAAUGAAUAUACUGUAUUCAUUCUGUGGUGUAUUUUACUGAUAUAUUUUACGCGUACGUGUGACAUCCCUUCAAAUAGAAGCGUUUUACCUCCUUUCUUAUUGGUUCACUGAGCAUUAUGUAAUAUAACAUUCUAUACCUUA